AUGCCCGUCUUUAACCCUGCGGUGGUGCUGUCAGAGAGUUUUGGGGCCUCCCUUGGCCACGCUUACGCCCCAGGCUUCACUUUCGGCGAAGCCCUGCAGCGCGUGGAGAACAUGAAGGCGAACGAUCACCCGUGCAUCAACGCCAACAGAUUGGAGACGGCAGGGCAGUGCACAAUCGCCGAUCUACCCGCGCAGUUCGGGACGGAAUGCGGCAAGAUGAUCCAGUAUUUCGCUGAUUACCUGGCCGGUUACGAGGGCGAGAUUCCUUGGGGCUCUCUGCACGAGCGCGCAAAGGCGUGCGACUUCGAGGGCAUGCCCGAGCCCUUCUCUUUGAAGAAGGAGCCGCCUGGCCAGUACUCUACGCAGGUGUUCAUCGUCAGGAAGCCCGAGGGCAAACGCGACAUCUUGAAGGGCGUGAACCUCCUGGGGGUGCCGACCAGGACGGACCCGUGCCUUCAGAUGUGCCGCGGGACUGGUCUGAUAUGGCGCUAUGGCAUCCAGUUUAGGGUUGGCCGCUUGACCGUGCAGCACAUGCUGAAGAAGCUGAAGGGCCACCAGCUUCGCUACCACACCGCGGCCCCCAAGGCUGGCAGGGGGUCUUCCAGGAAGACGGCCGAAUGGGAGGCCAAGGAGGCAGGGUACAAGUUCAUGCGCGAGAAGGGGCCGCGCACCAACAAUGCCAACCAGUUCAUGGAGUUUGCGGAUCGGGAGAGCUCUCGGCCAGACUCUCCUAUCUUUGGUUGGGGGGAGAGUCGCAUCGAGAGGGCCCUCAGCAAUGAUGCGAAAGGCAGGGCAAACGCCAAGGGCCUCAUGAUCUGGGCCCUGACGAUUUUCGACUUCGACCCUUGGUUCCUCAACAAUGUGAUCAAGCCCAUCCUGGUUUUCACCCUCGGGGCCUUUGGUGUGGCGUGGAUAGGCAAGACUCGCGUCGGGAAGAGCGCUGGGUCGAAGACCCUGGCCUUCAUGAUGAGCCGCGUGGAGAUCGAAGAGCUGGAGCCGUCUGGAGAAGGCGAAGCGGGGUGGCUUGCCCCGACGAUCGUGACCGCCAAGCACUUCGAUUUCUUCAAGGCUGAGCCAGAAACCCGCGUCAGGCCCGCCAUCUUUGACGACGGCGAGUUGGAUUAUCAGUCGGCGUCCAUCCUGAAAGCCUUCCUGAGCCCGAGCGAGGAAGACGCCGCGAUCUGGGCUCGGUGGGGCUGUUCCGAGUUCGACACUGGGUCUUCCCGCCGGGUGAAGGACGACGAGGACAUGCUGGCCGUUGGCUCGCGGGCGCACUUCGCGUUGUGCACGGACAAGAGGGUGUGCUUCUCCCGUGCGAGCGACGAGCAGAGCCGCGCGCCCUGGUGGACCUGCGCCAACCCGAAGAAGCCAGACCUGUUCAACCAGAAGUGCAGGGAAACGUUCGGCAAGUACAAGAAAGACCCUAGCAGGCCCGUGUACCCCGCCUACUUCGAGGACGACAUCAAGUGGUCGAUGGACUACCUGAAGCAUCUCAUGCAUAGCCAGGACGUGCCGGCCGUGUCGACAAUCAUCGGCGCGGGCAUCUUCCCUGCCGAGCCCAAGCCGUCUUCGCCGAGAAGGGUGGGCUACGACGAGUGGGGCGCGCACUUGAUGGGCGCCGCCGCAUCGGCGGGCAGCGGCGCGGCGUCGUCAGGCGGCCCCGCAGAUGCGCCAGCGCCCCCCCUCGCCAGCGCCAAGAGGGAGCUCAUCGAGCCCCCCGAGGCCAAGGGCAAGUUCAGUCGCUGGCGUUCGCCGCUUGCAUCGCAGUUGCGAGCGGGGCAGCCGCUGUCUGCGCCGCACAUGCACCGCAGUUGUUCUGGCUCGAGGGCGUUUCCGCGCACGGGGCGGACCGCCCGCUGCCGGUGGCCCAGCGGCGCGACCGCGGCGGUGGUCGGAAUGGCAGGGUACAAGGACUUGAAGGAGCACCGCGCCUCGCUGAAAGACCUCGGCUUCAACUGCAGGGACGACUACUUGCGGAACGUCAAGUGCGCGAAGAUCAACGAUGCGGGCGACGUGGCCAACAACUCGUCACUGCGAGUCCUCAUCUUCGCGCAGGUCAUAGGCUUCCUGCCAACGUGGUACGAGUGCCCCGAGUGCGGUGGCGACAACAAGUCCAUGACUGCUGGCUCGAUUCUGCAGGGCGUCCAGGGGUCGUCGUGGGAACAGUUCUUCGACGCCAUGGCCAUGUGGGUCAUGGAUUACCCCCGCCAGCUGAUUCAGCGAGAGCCGGGCGUGACGUACCAGACGCUUGACCGCUGGGUGUUGCUCUUCCAGGGCAAGGUGGCUAAGGCGCUCAGCAGCAUCAUGUCUAAAUCUGGGUUCUGGCCGAAAACGAGCAAGAAGCCGAAGGGCGCGGCGGCGGCCAGGGCCCGCGGCAGGAUCUCGCUCGCCAAGAAGAAGGGCAAUAUUGCUGCGAAAGCGGCGGCACAGAGGAAGAAGGCUGGCAUCACGCUGACCAAGAAGGCCGACGCGUCCAAAUUCAAGCUCGUGGUGCAGGUGGACGAGGGUCGCCCCGACAUCUGGUUCUUCCGUAUCCUGGACCACCCGAACGACGCCUUCGAUGGCAAGCCCCGCGGUCACGAGGAGAUGCUGACCAACCUCCACUUGCUCGGCAUGCGUAAAGGGACCAUCCUGGUGAGCGUUCAAGAAGUGCAAGCUCCCGCGGAGAUGGCUGGGCCAGCGGCGGCCAUUCCUCUGCCUCCGCCCGGGGCCGCCGCUGGCGGCGGCGUCAUCUUGCCCGCGACACCAAUGGUGAUUUUGGCCGUCCAGGACCCGUGCGACGGCGCCGUCGUCCUUGCGCAUUCGUACACCUUCCAGUCGGUGCGGACGUUGGCUCCGCCAUCUGGGGAACGAUGGGAACUACAGUUUACGGUGGACCAGCCGAGCCUCGCCUACCUGGCGAGCGGGGCAGAAUCUAUGCCCCGUCGCGGAGUCAUGGGACUGGCGUCCGCGAGCCCCAGCCCUAGGAAGGCCAAGAAGGGCUCGCCAGAUUCUGGCAAAGCUCGCACUCCGUCAACGUCGCCCCCUCCCACGGCUCGCGCCACCACCCCUAGUUGGCCCGAGAUCAUGAAGCGCAAAACGCAGUUCGAGCGCGACUGCGCCAGGGACAGCCUCACGAGUCAGCUUCCCGAUGGCCUUCGGAAGAUCGCGUGGGAGUUGAUUGUGAAUCCAGCGAAGAUCCAGGGGGCUUGCAGUUUGAUAUCGCGGUCCGUUCUUGCCGAAGCCCCGAGCGUGAAGAAGAAGCGCGGGGUGAAAGCCGUCGACGACGCCUCCGCCAAAGUUUGGGGCAUCGACAAGAAUUCGCAGAUUCCGAAGUACUGGAUCUGGGAGGCAGUCCGCCUAAUGUCGAACGACGGCACCAUCGUCGAGAGCUUCAUCAGUAGGUACGACAAGAAGGACAGGGCUUUCGUUCGAAAGCUCCUCGAGGCCUUGACAGGGCUUCGCUCGACGUGCAAGGUGCUGCAUCAUAUGAAGCAGAAGCGCCUGGCUGGCCGCAUCGUGAGCAGGCUCUAUACUUUGAUGGGUAGUCGCUGGGGUGCCAUCAAAGACAUGCUCGAUGGCAAUGCCUUGAAAUGGGAGGAGCACGGGGUCUUCGCGAAGUGCGAGCCGAACGAGCGCGGCGUCAUCACGCACAUCAGGCACAUCAGUGGCCAGGUCGCCAGCGUUCCGAGGAGCAACAUGGUGACGGCCGAGUGGUACUUCGAGCAGAACUGGUCGGACAAGUACGCCCGCCUCACUGAUGGCGAAUCGGGCUUCCUCUGCUUCACGCGCUUCGCAGACCAGCACGACCAGGACUGGUACAAGAUCGCGUCGGACCCAGCGGACACGCUGAAAGAGAUCGCGGCGCAGGAGGAGGCCAAGCUCGAGGCUGACUGCAAUAAGGUCAAGUCCACGGAUAUCAAGAUAUCCACGGUGGUCGCCUCGGCAGCGGAGGGUGCCCAGCGCCGCAAGAUCGCCGUCAAGGGCCCGCCGAGUCAGAAGAUGCUGGCGACGGCAGCCGAUUAUUUGACGAGCGUGGUGUUCGUUAACCCUGCCGACGGCACGGAGUACAUCUCCGCGGUCGACUCGCGGGGCGCGACCCAGGUGUGGAUCCAGAACUUCUGGAGCGACAACAGGCGUGCCGUCGUGCCGUUGCAGUUCCCCGCGGACAACCCGAGGGUUCUGAGCAUCGCAGUAUGGCGUCAUGAGCAGGACGGGUGCCAUGUUUGGUGGGGGAUUUCUCAGUUCUUCGAAUUGCUUUGUCUUCGGUUGAAAAAGACGCCAUCCCAGUGGGCUCAGAGCAGGAGGGAUGCGUGGAGCCGGUAUCUUCGGAAGAUGUCUCUUCGGUUUCCACGCUUGCGCCUCAGUGCGCCAUGCGCGAACGUCGAGAGGGGGCUCAGCAAGCAAGAGUCGGCGAAUCGUCCAUUGCAGUUUCCGACCUUCAGUUCCACAGCGUUGGUGCUCAUGCUUUGGGGAUGGGGCUCUGGCAAUCAGGCGCAUUGCGGCUUCUCGACUGAGGACGCUUGCACGAUGUCCCUCCAGAUGUUGGACAUGUUGGUUGCCUCCAUGCCGACGUUCAGGGUCCACGUGAACAUCGACCCAGCGGCCCAGCGCGCUGGGCGUUACACGGUCGGCAGGAACCCGAAGUUCAUCACGAUUGCGGGCGGCGCGAUGAAAAGGUUAGAGCUCUACGCCGUCUUGGCUGAGUCCUUCCGUGCGUUUUUAGUGCCAGCCGAGUUUCAAAACACUGCUAUUUGGAGUGACCACAAGGACGAGCUGACUUUGAGAGACAUCUGUCAGAUGUUCACAGCCUCGGCGGACCCCGUGAGGAAUGACUGGCUGGUCAAGCAGAUCUUGUGGGGCAUCGGAUCGGCUCUUGACGCGCAGGUUAGAUUGUCGCAGGACAUUGAUGUGUUCAUGCCGCCCGACCUCACGUUCGAAAAGAAUAUGUUCGGGACCUCGGGCGUAUUGCAACCGCCUGAUGGCUCGGCCGCUCCACGCAUGCUGAUGCGCUACAUGACAGCUGCCAAGAGGCAUUUCGCAGACGCCGACCGCUUGAGCUUCAUCAUGGACGGUAGCAGGCAAGACCACAGGAAGAUGAUGUCCGGCGUCGUGGUUGACUCAAGUGACGCGGCGGCUUGGUGCCCUCCUCAGGCCGGGUGGUUCCGAGAUCCAUCUGCUUAG